AACACAGGCAGGGAGACGGUGGGGUGGAGUACAGGAAGCUACUGUCCCCUAACAUCUGAACAUGGGAGAAAUCUAAAAUCGGCAUAAACCACACGGCUUCUUUCUUUAUUCCCAGUACGAACCAGAAGCUGCGGGAGAUUUGUGAUCUUUUUUCCCUUUUUUUCUUCUCCUGACUGGAUUCAUUUUGGAAGAUUAAACCGAUAAAGCGAAAAGAUGUCGAGGGGAGUGAUCCAGCCCAGCCAGCAGAAGCUGGCGGAAAAGCUAACCAUCCUCAACGACCGAGGCAUCGGGAUGUUGACCCGUGUUUACAAUAUCAAAAAGCAAGGACAAGUUUGGAAGGCGUGUGGCGACCCCAAGGCCAAGCCCUCCUAUCUCGUCGAUAAGAACUUGGAGUCUGCGGUUAAAUUCAUCGUCAGGAAGUUCCCGGCUGUGGAGACGCGCAACAACAACCAACAGCUGGCUCAGCUUCAGAAGGAAAAGUCUGAGAUCCUGAAGAACCUGGCGCUCUACUAUUUCACCUUUGUAGAUGUCAUGGAGUUCAAGGACCAUGUGUGUGAGCUGCUCAACACCAUCGACGCCUGCCAGGUCUUCUUCGACAUUACGGUGAACUUUGACCUGACCAAGAACUACCUGGACCUGGUGGUGACCUACACCACCCUGAUGACGAUACUGUCCCGCAUAGAGGAGAGGAAGGCCAUCAUUGGUCUGUACAACUACGCCCACGAGAUGACGCACGGCGCCAGUGACCGGGAGUACCCGAGGUUGGGCCAGAUGAUCGUGGACUACGAGAACCCUUUGAAGAAGUUGAUGGAGGAGUUUGUUCCCCACGGAAAAUCCCUGUCGGAUGCGUUGAUCAGCCUCCAGAUGGUUUACCCCAGGAGGAACCUGUCCGCUGACCAGUGGAGGAACGCCCAGCUGCUGUCCCUCAUCUCUGCUCCCUCCACCAUGCUCAACCCUGCCCAGUCAGACACUAUGCCGUGUGAAUACCUGUCGCUGGACGCCAUGGAGAAGUGGAUUGUUUUCGGGUUCAUCCUGUGCCACGCCGUGCUCAACAGCGACGCCACGGCGUUGUCUUUGUGGAAGGUGGCGCUGCAGAGCUCCACCUGCCUGUGUCUGUUCAGGGACGAGGUGUUCCACAUCCACAAGGCUGCAGAGGAUCUGUUCGUCAACAUCAGAGGGUACAACAAACGCAUAAAUGACAUCAGAGAGUGCAAAGAGCAGGCCCUGUCUCAUGCAGGCUCGAUGCACAGAGAGAGACGCAAGUUCCUCCGAUCGGCUCUGAAGGAGUUGGCCACUGUGUUAGCCGAUCAACCUGGACUACUAGGUCCUAAGGCGUUGUUUGUGUUCAUGGCGUUGUCGUUUGCCCGGGACGAGAUCAUCUGGCUGCUUCGACACGCAGACAACAUCCAGAAGAAAAGCACGGAUGACUUCAUAGACAAACACAUAGCAGAGUUGAUCUUCUACAUGGAGGAGCUCCGAGCUCACGUCAGGAAGUACGGCCCGGUGAUGCAGCGAUACUACGUCCAGUACCUGUCCGGUUUUGACGCCGUGGUGCUGAAUGAACUGGUGCAGAACCUGUCUGUGUGUCCAGAGGACGAGUCCAUAAUCAUGUCUUCAUUUGUCAACACAAUGACCUCCCUCAGUGUCAAACAAGUGGAGGAUGGAGAGGUGUUUGACUUCAGAGGCAUGAGGCUGGACUGGUUCAGACUGCAGGCCUACACCAGCGUCUCUAAAGCCAGUCUCGGCAUAGCCGACCACAAGGAGCUCGGCAAAAUGAUGAACACCAUCAUCUUCCACACCAAGAUGGUGGACUCCUUGGUGGAGAUGCUGGUGGAGACCUCGGACCUGUCCAUCUUCUGCUUCUACAGCCGUGCGUUUGAAAAGAUGUUCCAGCAGUGUUUGGAGCUUCCCUCCCAGAGCAGACACUCCAUCUGCUUCCCUCUGCUCUGCACACACUUCAUGUCCUGUACACAUGAGCUCUGUCCAGAGGAGCGUCACCACAUAGGGGAUCGAAGCCUGUCGUUGUGUAACAUGUUUCUGGAUGAAAUGGCCAAACAGGCCAGAAACCUGAUCACAGACAUCUGCACUGAACAAUGUACACUCAGCGACCAGCUGCUUCCGAAGCAUUGUGCGAAAACCAUCAGCCAGGCGGUGAACAAGAAGAGCAAGAAGGCGACGGGGAAGAAGGGCGAGCCGGAGAGAGAGAAGCCGGGCGUGGAGAGCAUGAGGAAGAACCGGCUGCUGGUCACCAAUCUGGAUAAACUCCACACAGCGCUCUCUGAACUCUGCUUCUCCAUCAACUACGUCCCCAACCUGGCGGUGUGGGAGCACACGUUCACACCCAGAGAGUACCUCACCUCGCACCUGGAGAUCCGGUUCACCAAGUCCAUAGUGGGGAUGACCAUGUACAACCAGGCUACCCAGGAGAUAGCCAAGCCCAGCGAGCUGCUGACCAGCGUGCGGGCCUACAUGACGGUGCUCCAGUCCAUAGAGAACUACGUCACCAUCGACAUCACCCGGGUCUUUAACAACGUCCUCCUGCAGCAGACGCAGCACCUGGACAGCCACGGGGAACCCACCAUCACCAGUCUGUACACCAACUGGUACCUGGAGACGUUGCUCCGCCAGGUCAGCAACGGACACAUCGCCUACUUCCCCGCCAUGAAGGCCUUCGUCAACCUGCCAACGGAGAACGAGCUGACCUUCAACGCAGAGGAAUACUCCGACAUCUCCGAGAUGCGCUCGCUGUCUGAGCUCUUGGGGCCGUACGGGAUGAAGUUCCUCAGCGAGAGUCUGAUGUGGCACAUCUCAUCCCAGGUGGCUGAGCUAAAGAAACUGGUGGUAGAAAACAUGGAGGUGUUGACCCAGAUGAGGACGAGCUUUGACAAACCAGAACACAUGGCCGCCCUCUUCAAGAAACUCACCUCUGUGGACAGUGUGUUAAAGAGAAUGACCAUCAUUGGAGUCAUCUUGUCCUUCCGCUCCUUGGCUCAGGAGGCCCUCAGAGAUGUGUUGUCCUGUCACAUUCCCUUCCUGGUCAGUUCGGUGGAGGAUUUCAAGGACCACAUUCCCCGAGAGACUGACAUGAAGGUGGCCAUGAAUGUCUACGAGCUGUCAUCGGCGGCGGGUUUACCGUGUGAGAUCGACCCGGCGCUGGUGGUGGCCCUGUCCUCGCAGAAGAGCGAGAACAUCAGCCCGGAGGAGGAGUACAAGAUCGCCUGUCUGCUGAUGGUGUUUGUGGCCGUUUCUUUGCCAACGCUGGCCAGCAACGUGAUGUCACAGUACAGCCCCGCCAUCGAAGGCCACUGUAACAACAUCCACUGCCUGGCCAAAGCCAUCAACCAGAUCGCUGCCGCUCUCUUCACCAUCCACAAGGGCAGCAUAGAGGACCGCCUCAAGGAGUUCUUGGCUCUGGCUUCCUCCAGCCUGCUGAAGAUCGGCCAGGAGACGGACAAGAUGACGACGCGGAACAGAGAGUCUGUCUACCUGCUGCUGGACAUGAUCGUGCAGGAGUCUCCCUUCCUCACCAUGGACCUGCUGGAGUCCUGCUUCCCCUACGUGCUGCUGCGAAACGCCUACCACGCCGUCUACAAGCAGAGCAUCAGCGCCAACGCAUAGACGCACACGCCGCACACAGCCGAGGCCUGUCGGUUCUCCCGUAUGGACGCACACACAGCGACAAAUACACGCUAACGGCAUACACUACGUACAAACUAAAUACACUAAUCUAUGCCUACAAUGCCUCGAUGAUGAUGUUCAGAUGCCGUGUCUCUCCUACACUAAAACGGUGACACGCGUAACAUGAAGACAGGUUCACUCUAAAUACAACACCGACACAAUGAACCCCAAAACGAGAUAGAAAAACUCCCAAAAUUCAGUGCAGAAAGAUGACAAAAUGACACCGAAAUUCAAAAUGAACAAAAUAAAACACACACACAAACACUAGCUGGAUGAAGUCGGGGGGAUCAGUGUCUUUACUUUAAUCAUUGUACUUUUUUAUUGACGUUGCCAGGGACCAUAACCAUAGCAACACGUAAUAUAUACCAUAUGGUUGGUUGGUAUAAAAGAACAAAAAUAUAAAUAUAUAGUAUAUAUAUAGUUGACACUAAAAUAUUUUUUCUUUUUCUUUUUCAAUGAAUGAUUUAAGGGAUUUUUUUUAGUGGCCAGCUGACAAACUUCUAUAUGGUGAUGGAUUUGGAUGCUUACUUUGGGAAUGCAAAUGAUGUGAUGUGGAUUCUUUUUUUUUAUUUUUUAUUUCAUGGAGGAAGAUUCCUGUGUUGUUAAUGAAAGACACGUUGCUUGUUAAUGUAAGUUUACAUACUUCUCUCCACACACUAAACAGAUCAACUAUGUACAAACUAACCUUUCAACAUAGUGAACACACACACACACACAGUUGUAUAACAUGGUGAUGUUUUCUUUUCUUUCUUUUUUCAAGCUUGUCGUAACUUGAACUUUUUGUGGGUAAAGAUAUAAUAUCCGUAAUUCUACUUUGAUGUGAGCUGAACUCGUCUGUUUAUGUUUCGUUAUUUUUACGAUGACAACUAUUUGCCAAAUGUGUUGACACUAAAAGUCGUGUAUCAGGGCUUGGAAGUGGUGGAGUGUUUGGGUGUUAUUGGGUGAAAUGCCAUUUUUAAGUGUUGGGGACGGUGUGGAAUCAACCCGCCGGACGGCUGCAGCUGGGUUAACAGAGACGCGUCACACAACUAAAAAAGAAAAAAAAGUCAAAUAUUCCUCACAGCUGUUAGUCAACUCGGAUCAAGUAAAGGGCCAGUAGGUGCUACUCUUUUCUUUUUCUUCUCAACGAUGUAAAGUAGAAACAAACCGUAACAAUAAUUUAUACAAUCUGUAACUGCAACUUUCUCUGUUCUGAAAACAGGAACAAAUCUUGUUCUUUAUUAAGGUGUUUUUUAAUUUUUACAGUUGCAGUCUUGUGGUGUUGGCCGUUAGCCGGCCAUGCGCAAACAGCCGGAGGGGGUAGUGCCUUGCUCAAAGGCGCCUUAACAACAGCUGAUGGUCCACUAACGACAUAAAUGUCUUAGUAUUCAACUCUAACAGGAGUAAUUAAAGAAAACCAAUUCUACUACAGCGAAAACAAGUAAAACCUAACUGAUGUCAGACCUGGGAAAGUCUGCUAAAACCUGGCGUACACACACACACACACACACACACUCUUGGUUCUUCACUGGAUUUGUUAACCUUGGUCGAAGGUCAUCCUUCAAUCAAAUUUCCGUAUCGUUACGUUUUCACGAUGGUUGUAUGGGACCUUUUUUUUCUUUUUUUUAUAGGGCGGGCCGAAGACUUUUACAAAGUGCAGGCUGCUUCAUGUACAUUUCUUUUAUCAAUCCAGUCAUUGCUAGGGCUCCAUUAGGAGACGAGAAGCCAGCCCAGGGCUAAAGUAUGACAAACACCAGGGCUUUAGUCUGAAAAACUCUUCCUGCAUACGAUACCCUCUCCUUGCUUACAGUAUGUGGCAGGAACACAAUAAAAACGACGAAUCUGCACUUUACAGAUCCCACGUCUUCUUUCUGCUGUGUAUUGUAGUGUGAGGACAGAUCCAUGGAAACAUUCUGCCAUUUGAUGUGGAAUGAUUGCUGUUUUUAUUUCUAACCUCUAUUUUUGUGUGUGUCCCUGAUUUCCCUCCCUGUAACUUAAAUUAAUGAAUAAAAGAAACUUUAGGGCUGUGUCAGACCUGA